GCGAGCCCCGUCAUCGGCCAGGACGCUUCCCGCCGAGAGCUGGUGACCCGCGGCCCACAGCGUCUGCGCUCCCGAGCGGGCGCCACGUCCGCAGAAGCCGGUAUUGAGACCCCGUUCCCGGCCGAUGACAGGGCACGAGGCCCAGCGCUUCCCUUGCCUUUGGUCACUUUUCAGAAAUCCAGAGACCAGAUCUUCCAUAAAAUGGAUGUUUCUCACACUGUUACUGAACAUUAAGUAGAUGAUCUGUUCAGUGAAACCCAAGCUGCCAUGGAGGAAAUACCAGUGAAAGUGGCCGUAAGAAUCAGGCCUCUACUUUGUAAAGAGGUUCUUCACAAUCAUCAAGUGUGUGUGAGGGAUGUCCCAAACACCAAGCAGAUCAUCAUUGGCAGAGACAGAGUCUUUACUUUUGAUUUUGUUUUUGGCAAAAACUCCACUCAAGAUGAAGUAUACAAUAUAUGCAUAAAACCCCUGGUGCUGUCACUCAUUGAGGGCUACAAUGCAACAGUUUUUGCAUAUGGACAAACUGGAUCUGGGAAGACAUACACCAUCGGAGGAGGCCACGUUGCGUCAGUUGUGGAGGGUCAAAAGGGUAUCAUUCCUCGAGCUAUCCAAGAGAUAUUUCAGAGCAUCUCUGAGAACACCAGCAUUGACUUUAAAAUCAAAGUGUCGUAUAUAGAAGUGUAUAAGGAAGACCUAAGAGAUCUUCUAGAGUUGGAGACAUCCAUGAAGGACCUUCACAUCCGAGAAGAUGACAAGGGAAACACAGUGAUUGUUGGGGCCAAAGAAUGCCACGUAGAGAGCGUGGAUGAAGUGAUGAGCCUGCUGGAGGCAGGGAAUGCGGCCAGGCACACAAGCACCACCCAGAUGAACGAACACUCCAGUAGAUCCCAUGCAAUUUUCACAAUAAGCAUUUGCCAAGUUGAAAAAAACACAGAGGCAGCUGAGAAUGGGGAGUGGUACCCACAUCGGCACAUUGUCUCCAAAUUCCAUUUUGUGGAUUUGGCCGGAUCAGAAAGAGUGACCAAAACGGGGAACACAGGUGAACGAUUCAAGGAGUCCAUUCAAAUCAACAGUGGGCUGCUUGCCUUAGGAAACGUAAUAAGUGCCCUUGGGGACCCACGCAGGAAGAGCUCUCACAUUCCAUAUAGGGAUGCCAAAAUUACCCGGCUUCUGAAAGACUCCCUGGGAGGCAGUGCCAAGACCGUCAUGAUCACUUGCGUCAGCCCCUCCUCCUCAGAUUUUGACGAGUCCUUAAAUUCUCUCAAAUAUGCCAACAGAGCACGGAACAUUAGAAACAAGCCUACUUUAAACUUUAGCCCUGAAUCAGACCGGAUGGAUGAGAUGGAAUUUGAGAUUAAGUUGCUUCGAGAAGCUUUGCAGAGCCAUCAAGCCAGUAUCAGUCAAACUAGCCAGACCCCCUCCGAGGGCGCUUCUGACCAGAAUCGGAUCCAUUCUCUAGAGGAGCAGGUAGCUCAGCUACAGGAGGAAUGUCUGGGCUACCAGGACUGCAUAGAGCAAGCAUUCGCCUUCCUCGUGGACCUAAAAGAUGCUGUCAGGCUAAACCAGAAACAGCAGCACAAGCUACAGGAAUGGUUUAGCAGGACCCAGGAGGUCAGGAAGGCUGUCCUCACCCCGUUCCCAGGACACCAGGGUGUUGGGAAUCUGGAAGAGGGACCCCAGCAUGUGACAAUUCUCCAGCUGAAGAGAGAACUUAAGAAAUACCAGUGUGCCUUGGCUGCUGAUCAAGUGCUGCUCACUCAGAAGGAGCUGGAGGUGGAGGAGCUCAGGAGCCGGGUGCAGCUGAUGGUGCAGGAGAGCAAAGGACAUGCCGUAUCCCUGAAAGAAGCACAGAAAGCCAACAGAUUGCAGAAUGAAAAGUUAAUCAAACAGCAACUUCUUGUGGAUCAGCUGAGUGAAGAACUCGCAAAAUUUAACCUGUCAGUGACAUCUUCAGUUAAAGAAAAUUGUGGAGAUGGGCCUGAUGCCAGGAUCACCGAAAACAGACCUCACACGGUACCAUUUGAUAGUCACUGGGGACAUCAUGUUUACAUCCCAUCAAGGCAGGAUUCCAAGCAGGUCUACUCAAGUCCUCCUAUAUACACUCUGGAUCAAGUAUUCGAUGAGUUCCGGACACGAAGCCAGAUGCUCAUGGGUCACUUAGAAGAACAAGACGAAGUUGUCCACUGCCAGUUUUCUGACAACAGUGACGAUGAAGAGUCAGAAGGCCGAGAUAAAUCUAGAAUUAGAUCUAGAAGUCACUCAUGGGUCAAAGAGCCAGGCUCUGUUUGUUCUCUUGUCGAACUAAGUGAUACUCCGGAUGAAACACAGAAGUCCUAUUUGGAAAAUGGAGAUUUGAAGAUGGAAUGUCUCCAGGAGAGUCAAGAGAUAAAUAUGCAAAAAUUAAGGACUUCAGAACUCAUACUUAAUAAAGCUAAACAAAAAAUGAGAGAACUUACGAUUAACAUCAGGAUGAAAGAAGAUCUGAUCAAAGAGUUAAUAAAAACAGGUAACAACGCCAAGUCUGUGAGCAGACAGUAUUCUUUGAAGGUAACAAAACUGGAGCAUGAAACUGAGCAAGCAAAAGUAGAACUCACAGAAACCCGGAAGCAGCUGCAGGAGCUGGAGAGCAAAGACCUUUCUGACGUUGCUUUGAAGGUCAAAUUACAGAAGGAGUUCCGGAGAAAGAUGGAUGCUGCAAAGCUUCGCGUUCAGGUUUUACAGAAGAAGCAGCAAGAUAGUAAGAAGUUGGCAUCACUGUCCAUGCAGAGUGAGAAGCGUGCCAGCGAGCUGGAGCAGAACGUGGGGCACCUGAAGCACCAGAAGGUGCAGCUCCAGAGACGGCUGCGGGAAGAGAGCGAGAAAAAGAAGCACCUGGAUGCAGAGGUUAAGAGAGACCAGCAAAAACUCAAAGAGCUGCAGUUAAAAAAAGGACAAGGAGACGGUCAGAGCACAAAGGCCGAGGGCCUGGGUGGGUUUGACUCGAACAGAAGAACAGGUCCUUUCAGAAGCGUGGAACAACUCCAGAAAUUUGAUGAGCAGAAGAAAUGGUUGGAUGAAGAGGUAGAGAAAGUUCUGAGCCAGCGCCAAGAACUGGAGAUGUUGGAAGAAGAUCUGAAGAAGCGAGAAGCCAUCGUCUCCAAGAAGGAGGCCCUCCUACAGGAGAAGAGCCACCUGGAGCACAGGAAGCUGCGGUCCAGCCAGGAAGAACAUCUUCUUUUCCAACUUGAAGAAGGAAUAGAAGCUUUGGAAGCUGCGAUUGAAUUCAAGAACGAAGCCAUCCGGAGUCGCCAGAACUCACUCAGAGCAUCAUUCCAGAGUCUCUCUCAGAGUGAAGCAAAUGUUUUGGGAAAACUAGUUUGCCUGAAUCUUACUGAGAUUAGAGCUAUUCUUUUCAAAUAUUUCAAUAAGGUGAUUAAUUUGCGAGAAGCUGAACGUAAACAACAGUUGCAGAAUAAAGAGAUGAAGAUGAAGGUUCUGGAACGGGAUAACAUGGUCCAUGAGUUAGAGUCUGCAUUGGAGCAUCUGAGACUACAGUGUGACCGGAGACUAACCCUCCAGCAAAAGGAGCAUGAACAGAAGAUGCAGCUGUUGUUACAUCAUUUCAAAGAGCAAGAUGGAGAAGGCAUUAUAGAAACCUUAAAAAAAUAUGAAGAUAAAAUUCAGCAGCUGGAAAAAGAUCUUUACUUCUAUAAGAAAACCAGCAGAGAUCUUAAGAAGAAACUGAGAGGAACUGCCCUAGGAGCAUCGCCAUGGCAACUGUCACUAGCAGAUCCUCGUGAUGCUGGAGAUGGCGUCUUGAACCCAGAAGAGGCGACGGGGCUUUGUGAAGAACCGAAGUGGGCAUCUAGAACUGAAAAUGCAAAGUUGAAUGGAAGAGAAAAAGAAGUGGAGGAUUCUUCAAACAGCUUAAAGACCGCAGCGCUGCCCCAGAUUCUGGAAGGCAGCCCAGACUCACGUCCACUCCGGGGCUCAUUAGCACCCUCCAGUGGCCAACUGUUGAGCAAUGCCGAUAAACCAGAGGAUCAUCCCUUCAUACAAUCUCAGAGUCCACCACCGUCCCCAUUUCAGCCUGGGAAAAAUACGGGGCAGCUUCAGGGUAUCAAGCCUGUCAAACUGUGUCGCAGAGAAUUACGCCAGAUCUCUGCCUUGGAGCUGUCAUUACGACGCUCCAGCCUCAGCCCAGGGGUCCGGUCGGUGACUGCUGAUUCUCUUGAAGUACCUGAGGAAAUCUAGUGACUUCAAAGCAUAGGCAUUGGACAAUAAAACUUUUAAUUUAGCAAAUAUGUAAAAAGAUC